AUCUAGCCUUCUUAACGUAGUCGCUUUGUGGAAUCCAAACUAUAAACACAUAGGUUAAAAUGGAAAGUCCACUAGCAUUUAUGCAGUUAGAAACAAGCUGCGUUAUACUGUUCAUACUCGGGCUUACCAUAAUUCAGUAUCUUUUCAAUUGUUGGCCAGUUGAGGAUAAUGGAUUGAUCACUCAUACGCCAAUUUUGGUUGCCAUUGCCUCUUAUAACACAAAGUACUAUUCGAUCGAAAGAUCAUCCAGCUGGACCGAUGCAGACCACGAUGUGAGCUAUGGUCAAGUAUCUCGGACUCCUAUUCACCACAUACGUGGCUUGAAGUAUCUAAACUUGGAGCAACGUGCUCUGAUUAUGUCAGGUGUCCGGCGACGACUUGAUAAACAGUUCUAAACUAACUAAUUUUAAUGCUUUA